AGCUGCCACGUCUGCAUGGACUACUCCGUGGCACUCUACAUCAAUUUACUUGAGUCGGUGAAAAAAGUUUCAUUUUUCAACUCUCCACCGCUGCUACCCAUCUCCUCCCUAUCCAAUUCCAUUACCAUGCCCGCCGCCGCUACCGGAGUCUCCUUCUUCACCACUCCCAUAAGGGGUUCACGGUCCAAUCCCUGGCUCUCCGAUUCUCCCCUUGCAACCCCAUCUACCCAAGUGUUGCCCUUAUUGCCCCGCCCUCUGGCCGUUAAAUCGGCUCCGCUUAGAGCUUUCUCAGAGAGGUGGCGGCUGGCUACGGUCAUCUCGGCCACCUCUGUGCAAGGAGAGGCGGCUUUGACGGUGGGGGUUGAAGAGGGUGCGGAGAAGGGAGGAGGGGAGGCGGUGGAUGGUGGUUCUCCAGUGGAGUCCGGGAGUACUAAGCUGUAUUUUGGGAAUUUGCCUUAUAGUGUUGAUAGUCCCCAGCUUGCCGCUAUCGUUCAGGAUUAUGGGGUCGCCGAGCUUAUUGAGGUUCUAUAUGACAGGGAUACUGGAAAAAGUAGAGGAUUCGCAUUUGUAACCAUGAACAGUAUUGAAGAUUGCAAUAAAGUCAUUGAAAAUCUGAAUGGAGCUACUUAUAUGGGCAGAAUUUUGAGGGUUAAUUUCUCAGACAAACCUAAGCCCAAGGAACAUUUGUUUCCAGAAACUGAGUAUAAACUCUUUGUUCGAAACUUAGCUUGGUCAGUAACAUCAGAAAGUUUGACACAAGCAUUUCAAGAAUAUGGAAAUGUGGUAGGAGCAAGGGUCAUCUAUAACGGGGAGACCGGAAGGUCACGUGGUUAUGGCUUUGUUUCUUACUCAACAAAAUCAGAGAUGGAGACAGCUCUUGUCGCUCUUAAUGAUGCGGUAUUUGAAGGCAGGGUAUUAAGUGUGGGAACCUACUUUGUUGGGCAGUACUAUCAGGUUCUUCAGCAGCAACCCGACUUUGUUCAUCAGUUCUAUUCUGAUGCCAGUACUAUGCUUCGUAUUGAUGGCAAUUUCAGAGAGACCGCCACUGCAAUGCUCCAAAUACACGCUCUUGUUAUGUCACUUAGUUAUACUGGGAUUGAGAUCAAGACAGCACAUUCACUUGAAUCAUGGAAUGGUGGUGUUCUUGUGAUGGUUUCUGGUUCUGUUCAAAUGAAGAAUUUCAAUCGAGUGAGAAAAUUUGUGCAAACUUUUUUUCUUGCACCUCAGGAGAAAGGCUACUUUGUUUUGAAUGAUAUCUUUCACUUUGUUGAUGAGGAGCCAGUGCACCAUUAUCCAGCAGUCUUAUUAAGUCAGACCAAUCUGGAUCCCACCUUAAAUGUUCCUGCCGCAGUUCCAGAGACAGUGCCCAAUUACUCACUCAAUGGACCAGUCCAGGUGCGAGAGUUUACAGCCCCUGUUGUCAAAGAAAAUGGUCACAUGGAUAGCCAUAAGUUUGUAGAGCAGCAACUGCAGCAAGUUCCCGAGCCGAAAAACGUUAUUGAGGAAAAUACAACAGAAGUAAAUUCUAUGCAUCAGAACACCUCAACUGUUUUGCAAGAUCAUUUGCCUGUUUCUGUUGAAGAACAUGCUGAGGAGCCCCAAAAGCACACAUAUGCUUCAAUUCUAAGAGUUUCUAAAGGACAAGACGCCCCCGCUCCCACCGUUGCACCUCCGUAUCCUGUUAGUAAGGGCACACAACCUGCUUCGGAGCAAAACUACACUCCAGCUCCCACCAGUCAGCAACUGACUUCAGCUCCCCAAAAUAAUUCUGAAAGGGAACAGACAGGAGGAGGGGAGUUCCCUUCGACUGAUGAUGAAGGUGAAAUAAAGUCUGUUUAUGUAAGAAACUUGCCAUCAACUGUGUCUGCUUCAGAAGUUGAGGAGGAAUUCAAGCAUUUUGGCAAACUCAGUUCUGAUGGUGUGGUUAUUAGGAGUCGCAAGGAUGUUGGUUACUGCUACGCCUUCGUCGAAUUUGAAGACAUGACUGGGGUCCAAAAUGCAAUCAAGGCGGGUACUGCCCAGGUUGCUGGGCGUCAAGUAUACAUCGAGGAGCGGAGAGCGAACAGCAACAUCCCAUACCGAGGAGGAAGAAGGGGUAGAGGAAGAGGGAGCUACCACACCGAGUCUUCUAGAGGGCAUUAUAGCUCUCGGAGUUACAGUAUGGGAGUUCGAGAUGGAAGCGAGCCAGAAAGAGAACCUAACCCAUCAAGUAUCAAGAAACGGAGAAAGUCCAUCGGAGUCGUCAUAGCUCGUUUAGCAAAGCUAAAGUUUUGGUUCUCUAGCAUUAUCAUCAUCAUCAUCUCAGCAGAGGCACACUCACCUUACUUUGAAGAAUAAUUUGAGUCAGUUUAAAGCUAUUUGUCUGUGGGAAUAUGGAUUUCAUUAUUUUUUUCAUUGAGUUUCUUGAUUCAACAACAUUUCAUGAAACUCUCUGUUUUUCGCCUGUGCUCUGCUUAAUUAAUAUUCAUUAUUUUAGAGAUAUAA